AGUAUAAUUUCUGAAUGCAAGCAGGCGCAUCGUCCGUGAGUGUUGUGGAGUUGGGCUAUGUGAAAGCAGAAGUCUUGGCUUUGGCUCGGCGAAUACAGGCUUUGUCGGGCAAGGAGCAGAAGCAAGUGUCGAUGAUGUGCCAUGAACGACUUGUUGCUCGACCGGUUGGUGCUGGUAAAUCCUGGAAGCCUUCGACUUCGGGCGUUGGUAUACUACCUUUCCCGCAUCCUGCUAUGAUUUUUACUAACCAGGUGCCGCAAGUGGGCGUAUUCCCUCAAGAGCUCCCAUCAGUGUCUCAGUCAGUCCAGGCAUUCCAUUUUGAAGAGCUUUUUAAUAUGAUGGGAGAUGCAACGAUGGUUCCACCGCCGGCAACGAUCCCAUCUGAGAAUACGGUUCCGACCGAAGAUGAGGUGCCAGGACAAUCACUGGUUGAUGAACAGACUCCGGUCGCGAAGACUGAAGCCGCUGCCGCGCCCAAGAUGGUGAAAGCGGUCAAACUGACCUCAUUUCCUAGUGAGAACAAGAUCAAGGUGAUCAAGGAGAUCCGUCAACUGCUCGGGCUGGGAUUGAAAGAGGCCAAGGAUGCUUCCGAAAAUCUACCCAGAGUGCUGGCUAAACAAGUUCCUCGGGACGAGGCGAACGGGAUAGUUGCGAGGUUUGCCGAGCUCGAUGCGGAGAUCACCAUGGAAUGAAAUGUUUCAUCUUUA